AUGGGGCUCUACAACCUGACAAUAGCCACUGGCGAAGACCUGGUUGCUGGCACCAUUAAUAAUAUCUCUGUUGUGCUUGUGGGCGUAAAUGGAGAAAGUGCUAAACAGCAACUGUCCCGUCACUGGAGCCAUUUCUUGCCUGGAUCUGUGGCAGUGAUUGAAAUAAAUGUCAAGAAAGAUCUUGGAGAGCUCCUGCUUGUUCGACUUUCCAUGGAACCAUACUUAAAUUUCCGUGUGGAUGAAUGGUUCUGCCAGUAUGUUAAUGUCACCUGCCCCAGCGGACAGAUCUAUCAGUUUCCGUUCUAUCAGUGGAUAUCAAACAUUAGGCAUGUGGAGAUUCCAGAGGGGAAAGGUGGUGUUCUAAAUGAGAAUACUCCCGCCUCUCUCAAGCAACAAAGAAAAGUAGAAUUGAAGCAGAACAGGGAAACUCACAAGUGGAGAGUCUAUGCAGAAGGUGCCCCUCACUGCAUUAAUGUUGCAGAUGACGACGUGAAGAAUCUGCCCACAAAUGACCAGUUUUCCUUUGUGAAAGAUUCCAGCUUUGGCUACAAUGUCAUUUCAACUGGCAUAGAAACAAAGCUGAAAGGAUUUGCAUGCAACAUGGAUUCAUGGCAGAACCUAGAAGACAUCAAAAAAAUCUUUUCAGUCUUUUAAUCUUGUAUUUCAGAUCGUGUGAGUGAGAUAUGGAAGGAAGAUUCUUUCUUUGGUAGCCAAUAUUUGAAUGGAAUUAACCCUAUACUGAUCAAGAAAUGCCUCAAAAUUCCAAACAACUUCCCAGUCGGUGAACACAUGGUGGCUCCCUCUUUGGGGAAUUCAACAAACCUAGAGAAAGAACUCGAGAAUGGUCACAUUUUCCUGGCAGACUAUAAGAUUCUUGAGGCAGUUCCUCCCAAUGACUCAAUCAAUGGACAGCGACAAUACAUUGCAGCCCCUAUGUGUCUACUAUGGAAAAAUCCUCAGGAUCAGCUCGUCCCAAUUGCAAUCCAGUUAUCUCAGACCCCUGGAGAGAAUACACCACUCUUCCUGCCCAGUGACUCUGCAUUUGACUGGUUACUGGCCAAGAUCUGGGUGCGUAAUUCUGACUUCCAGGUACAUGAAACUGAUACGCACCUUCUCCGCACCCAUCUCUUAGCCGAAGUUUUCUCCAUUGCCACAACCAGGCAACUUCCAAUGGCACACCCACUGUAUAAGCUGAUUACGCCACAUCUUCUCUACACACUGGAAAUCAACACCUUUGCCAGGAAGCAGCUUAUUGGACCCAAAGGCCUCUUUGAUCAAGCUGUGGCAGUGGGGAAUGGAGGGGUCCCAGUACUCUUGAAGAAAGCCAUGGAUGGUCUGACCUAUAGUAGUCUUUGUCUCCCUGAUCAUAUUGAGAGCAGAGGAAUGGAGUCCAUCCCUAACUACCUGUACAGGGAUGAUGGCAUGAAGAUCUGGUUGGCUGUGGAGAGCUUUGUCUCAGACAUUGUUGAUUACUACUAUACGAGUGAUGAAAUGGUCAGACAAGACCCUGAACUUCAGGCCUGGGUGGAUGAGAUCUUCAAAGAAGGAUUCCUAGAAUCUAAAACUUCCGAAAUCCCAUCUUCCUUUGAGGCCAAGGGCUCUCUGAUAAAGUACCUAACUAUGGUGAUCUUUACAUGUUCUGCUCAACAUGCAGCUGUCAACAGUGGUCAGUAUGAUAUCUAUUCAUGGAUGCCCAAUGGCCCUACCUCCAUGAAGAGUCCCCCAUCCACCACUAAAGGAGCCACCACAAUGCAAGCUAUUUUACAUGCUUUGCCAGAUGUGAACACUACAGCUACUGGUAUGGUCACAGUUUGGACCCUCAGCAAUGAGCCCCUGAAUAAGAGGACUCUAGGAAGCUACCCGGAUGUACGUUUUACAGAAGAGACUCCACAGAAGUUUAUUAAGGAAUUCCAGAAUAAACUGGCAGUAAUCUCCACGUCCAUACAAGAGAGGAACAAGACCUUGUCCCUACCCUAUUCCUAUCUGGAUCCGAGCGAGAUGGCAAACAGUGUCUCAAUCUAA